AUGGCCGACCUUGCUGCGCUUCUCCAGGCGUCUCUAGUGCCAACAACAAGAAAGGAGGCAGAAGGUCAACUCACCCAACUCAGUCGCCAACAAGGCUUUCUUUCCCACAUCCUCCGUCUUUCACUCGAUCCUACUCAAGACCGCGCUGUGAGAUUGGCAGGGAGCGUAUUUCUCAAGAACAUCGCGAAACUCAGAUGGGAAGAGGAUGUGAACCCACUCGCUGAACAGGACAAGGCUUCUUUGCGGGUUGAGCUUGUCCCUGCCAUGAUAGCACUUUCAGCCGAUCAACGCGACAAAACUAUAAGGGCACAGACUGCUGAGAGCAUCGCACUCAUUGCUGAACUCGACUUCCCCGCCAAAUGGCCAGAUCUCGUCGAUCAACUUACUGGGUCGCUCUCACCCUCCUCUUCCUCCACCAAUAUUGCCAUUCUGCAGACUUCACAUUCUAUAUUCUCCCAAUGGCGCGCCCAUGUCCGCUCAGAUACUCUUUUCACUGAGAUCAAUCUCGUGCUUUCGAAAUUCAUGGAUCCAUUCCUGGCCCUCUUUAGGCAUACUGUUGGAAUCCUGCUCACACCUCCACCUGGUCUCGACGUAUCAGUUUCUACCGGCGAAUACGCUGCGCAAGCCCAGACAAUGGCCCUCCUCCUCGAUAUCUACUAUGAUUUUACCUGUCACGAUUUGCCACCGGCACUUGAGGAUGCUCAUGCUGAGUUUUUUAAACCACCUGAGGGCUGGUUUCACAAGCUUCUUGCCUGGAAUCCGCCAGGGCUGGCAGUAGAUCCCGAGGAAACUACACCAUCCUUGCCCUCACAAGUCAAGACCGGUAUUUUACAAAUAGCAGAGCUCUACCUGCAAUUAUAUGCAGAACAGUUGCAACAAUCCGAUACUAUUGAAGCCUUCAUGAGAGGCGUUUGGACGAUGAUAGGCGAGAAUAGGAUGCAAAGCCUCGCAGACGAUGGGCUAGUCUCACAAUCACUGCGUUUCCUUUCUGCAACGAUUCGAACAACACAUUACGCCGCUAUAUUCUCCGGCGAGACGCUUUCUGCCAUCAUCAAGUCUAUCGUUGUCCCCAAUGUUUUUUUCCGUGAAUCUGACGAGGAAAUGUUUGCGGAUGACCCACUAGAGUUCAUUCGUUCAUCGCUCACUGACGCGACAACUUCCUCUGCCGGCCUUGCGACUGGCGGAUCAGACGGCCGAACCCGGCGACAAGCAGCAGCUGAUGUACUCAAAGCACUCGUGAGCAGUGGAUUUGAGCAAGAAACUACAGCCGAAAUACAGAGCUGGGUUCAAAUGGGGUUAACACAAUACGACAACGCUUCCGUUGCGGAUCGUGUUCAAGGUCAAGCCUGGAAGGCGAAGGACAGUGCAGUUUUCUUGAUGAUGGCCAUUGCAACCCGUGGCUCUACAGCUCAACUAGGCGUCACAUCUACCAACUCGCUUGUAAAUGUCGUCGAGUUCUUCUCCAACCACGUUUUUGUCGAUCUGGAUGCCCAAGAGGGCUCUGUACAUCCCAUUCUACAGGUUGAUGCCAUCCGAUACUUGCUCAACUUCAGAAACCAGUUGACCAAGGAGCAACUUCUUUCUGUUUUGCCCCUGCUAACGCGGCAUCUUUCUUCCCAAAACUAUGUGACCUACACAUAUGCGGCCAUUACAAUUGACAGAAUACUCAGCAUCCGCAGGGAAACCAUAUACCAGUUUGGGUACGCUGAUGUCCAGGAUUUUGCCCCGAAUCUGGUAAUUGGUCUUCUGGCCAAGAUUCAGAGUGCCGGAACGCCAGAAAAGGUUGCCGAGAAUGACCAUCUCAUGCGAUGCGCGAUGCGGGUGAUCAUUACGUCAAGGCAAACGCUUGCACCUAUUCACGAGGAAGUACUGAAUCGCCUUGUCACAAUUUUGGGCGUCAUCUCCAAGAACCCGAGCAAUCCAUUAUUCGACCAGUACAUUUUCGAGAGUAUUUCUGGUCUGAUGCGUUUCGUCGUCGAAGCGUCACCGACUACGCUGCCCAAUUUUGAAAAGCAUCUCUUUGGGCCGUUCACUUAUAUUUUACAGCAGGAUAUUGAACAAUAUGUGCCCUAUGUCUUCCAAGUCCUAGCCCAAAUGCUCGCUCUUCACUCCACUGUGCCUGAUCAAUACCGGAGUCUCCUUCCCGUUGUCUUCACCCCCGCCCCUUGGCAACAAAAGGGCAGCAUUCCCGGUCUCGUCAGGCUGAUCAAGGUAUUCUUGGAGCGCGACAACGCACAGAUGAUAGCCUCUGGCCAAAUCGGAAACGUGCUUGCCAUCGUCCAGCAACGGUUGAUUCCCAGUAAACUCAAUGACGUCUGGGGCUUUGACCUUGUCCAAGGCGUGAUUCAAAAUGUGCCCCCUCAAAAUCUUAGCCAAUACUUCAAAGCUGUUGUCACCAGUCUCCUUAAUCGACUACACUCCAGCAAAACGGAUAAAUUCACCUAUUUGUUCGCCCGACUGAUGCUCUACUGCAUGGCCGUCAACAUAGACGGGAUGGGACCAGAUUAUGUUGUAGCCACAAUGGAGGAGAUCCAAGCGGGUCUCUGGGGGCAGAUCCUCAAAAACAUUGUCGUUCCUCAAUUGGCUUUGAUGCCGCAAAAAGACCGAAAGCUGACUGUGGUUGCAUUGACGCGUCUGCUUACACAGAGUUCACGGAUGACUCAGCCUCCCUAUACCGAACUUUGGCCAGCGACAUAUACUUCCCUCGCCCAACUACUUAAAAGCCAGUACUUAGCUGGAGCGACGACCAAUACGAAGAAUAGCAGCGAGUCGGGGCCCACCGGAAUGACUGAAGUGGACCAGGAAGAGCAAACUGCAGGUUAUCAAGCGGCCUAUUCACGACUAGCGGCAUCCGAAGCUACUGAGAUUGAUCCAGUGUCAUACGUGACUAACCCAGAGGAAUUUUUCCGAAGAGAAAUGCAAGGAAUGCGGACGAGGAGUGGGUCACAGCUUCAGGCUUUAAUGGCGGGAGUAGAUCCAACACUUGUAGUUUAA